ACGAUCUACUAGCUGUGCUUGGGCAUGGUCACAUUCAUUUUCUCGCCGAACGAACGAGUGCUCUGCUUUCACGGUCCGCUCAUCUACGAAGCAAAGGUCCUGACGGCCGAGAACUGGACGGAUGCACACAACUCUGGCCCAGGCAGAGGACCGCAUUACAAAGUACACUACAAGGGCUGGAAGCAAACAUGGGACGAAUGGGUACCCGAAGAUCGAGCACUGAAGUACAAUGAAGAAUCGCUAGCGAGACAGAGGCAACUGAUCGACUCGCGCAAGGCGAAAGAUCGUGCAGAACGAGAGCACAAUAAUGCGCUCAAGGCGUCCGCUGCUGCUGGACCCAGCAAGCCCAAAGAUGGCUCGAGAGGCACAAAGCGAGGCAGGGAGAGCGGCGUGGAGCAGGAAGAGGAGUUCUUGAAAAGACCCGAGAUCAGACUGCCGAUUCCUGACUCGCUCAAGAUCCAGCUCGUAGAGGACUGGGAAUCUGUCACAAAGAAUCAGCAGUUGGUGCCUUUGCCACGCGAUCCGACGGUGAGCAAGAUUUUGUACAAGUAUACCGAACAUCUCAAGACCGUCAAGCCUACCGACAAGCUAUCACGAUCACCUGCAACGGCGAAAGAAGUCGUGGCAGGUCUGCAAAUCUACUUCAACAAGGCGCUCGGGAACAACCUGCUCUAUCGGUUCGAGAGACCGCAGUACGGUGAUAUCCGGAAGCAACACGAUGGCGUAGAGAUGUGUGACGUGUACGGCGCAGAACACCUCUUGCGUCUGUUUGGUGAGACACUGACAGUCUAGCUCUGCAAAGCUGAGCAAGAGCGACAGUCAAUUUGCCGGAGCUCAUCGCGCACACGUCCAUGGAUCCAGAAAGCACGGGCAUCAUCAAAGAUGCCCUCGGCGACUUCCUCAAGUGAGACGCCUGACCGCAAGUCGGAAGCCGCUGACGAAGGUGCAGAUGGUUCGCCAAGAAUCAAAAGACGUUCUUCGUGUCCCACUAUGACAAUUCGAG